AUGUAUCCUUUAACAACCAAAGAAGAAGAAAAUUUACAAAUAAAUAUAGCUGAUGGAGUUUCUACUGUCGAAGAAACAUAUGAUGAUAUAUCAAUACAUCAUAAUGGAAUAUAUUGGCGACUACUUUUUCUGAAUUUGGUUGUAUUAUGGGCAUAUCAAUCAUUAAUUUCUGCACAAAAUUAUUAUAGCAAAUUUUUUCCUCUUGCUCAUUUAGAUUUUUGGGGAACAGUAUCAGCUGGUUUAAGUAUGUUGUUGCUUCAUGUGAUUCAAUUAUAUUUUGGUGUUUAUAAAUAUGGAUUUACAAAACGUGUUAUACCUGGUUUUAUAGGUUAUAUUAUUAUUGCAAUUUUAGUUAUGGCUUUAAAAAAUAAAAUUGUUCUAAUUGUUGCUUUUGCAAGUGUUGGUGCAAUUAAUACAAUUACAGAAUCUCCUAUUUAUGGUAUUGCAGGUUUAUUUACAACUGGUUCAUUUACUCAAGCUGUUCAAGUUGGAAAUGGUAUGGCUGGAUUUUUAAAUGUUUGUGCAAAUACAAUAAUUCGAUUGAUUGUUUUACUUGUUCAUAGUAAAAUCGAUCAAGAUCAAUUAUCAUUUUAUAUAUUUAUGAGUGUAUUAAUAAUAUUAUGUUUUAUAGCUAUUUAUGUUUAUUAUCGUUUAAUACAUAUUCCUCCAGUUAGUAUAAGAAUAAGUCAACAAAUGGCUUCAUUUCGACGAGAACAACUUCGUAAUGUUAUGGAAUUAGAUUUUCAUGAAGAUCAUCAUGAAAAUCAACUUUCAUUUUGGGAAAUAAUAAAAAUUUUAGCAGUUCAUCUAUUUAUUCAAUUUUAUGUAUUAUUUAUAAGUUUAUUAUUAUGGCCAGGUAUUCCAUGUAGUGCAACAAAUAAUGGCUGGUUUAAUUCUAGUGGUAAACUAUGGUGGUGUUCACCUUUUAUUAUUGGAACAUUUAAUCUUGGAGAUCUUAUUGGUCGUACUCUUGCUGUUAAAGUUCAUAAAUAUUUUUCUGCAAAUAUUUGUUUAGUUUGUGCACUUUUAAGAAGUCUAUUUAUUCUAAUAAUAGGUUUUCGUCAUCAUAUAGAUAAUAUACUCCUUCUUUGUUUAAUAACACUAAUGGGAACAACAAAUGGUCUUCUGGCAACAGUUACGUUUAUGGUUCGUCCUCAAACAAUUGUUGGUGUUAAUAAUUGUGAAAGAGCUGCUUAUUUAAUGACAGCAGCUCUAUACCUUGGAAUUGCAUGUGGAUCUAUUGUUGCAGCUGGCUUAGCAUUGCUUCAUGUUGUUUAA